GUUGAACAAUAAUUUUUUGGUAUUAUAAAAAAGAAAAUAGCUAUGGGUUCAUCAAAGAUUUCAGCAAUGUUGUUCAUUUGUAUGAUUUUCAUGUCAAUGUGCUUGUUACCACCAGCUUAUGCUUCAUAUGGUCAAUGCCCAUGUACUCCUCCUUAUCAACGACCUAGUCCACCUGGAGGUGCUCCGCACCCGCCACAUCAUCACCCUCAUCCACCUAAGUCUCCCAGUAGGCCCCGCCCUCCACCAUCGACUCCACGUCCACACCCACCGACCACCAAACCGCCACCUCAUCAUGGUGGACCACCUCCUAGGGUUUUGCCACCUAUCGUCUUUCCGCCACCUGUCAUAUCACCUCCAAUCACUCGCCCGCCACCUGGCAUUUUACCGCCUAUUGUCAAUCCACCUGGCAUUAUUCCGCCAAUCACACGGCCACCUGGCAUUAUUCCACCAAUCAUAAACCCUCCCGGUAAUUUCCCACCAAUAACAAAUCCUCCUGGAGGUGGAGGAGGAUUCCCGCCACCAUCUGGUGGUGGUGGUGGCGGAUAUCCUCCUUACACACCUCCUGGUGGAGGUGCACCACCUGGCGGAGGCGGAGGUGGAGGCAUACCAGGUAUUGUUCCACCUCCACCCGCCACGUGUCCUAUAGAUGCAUUGAAACUUGGGCUUUGUCUUGAUGUACUUGGAGGAUUAGUGCAUAUUGGGAUAGGAAAUCCAGUGGAACAUAUAUGUUGCCCAGUAUUACAAGGAUUGCUAGAGCUAGAAGCUGCUAUUUGUCUAUGCACAACUAUAAGGCUUAAACUUCUAAACCUUAAUAUUUUCCUUCCUCUUGCACUUUCAGUUCUUGCAACAUGUGGUUUAACUCCUCCUCCUGGUUUUGUUUGUCCUCCUCUUGUUUGAAUUACUAGGUUUUUUUAAAUUAUGUUUGGUCUUUUGUUUGUAAUAUUUUGUAAGGUACG